CGUCCUGCGACAGUACAACAUCCAGAAGAAGGAGAUUGUGGUGAAGGGAGACGAAGUGAUCUUCGGGGAGUUCUCCUGGCCCAAGAAUGUGAAGACCAACUAUGUAGUUUGGGGGACUGGAAAGGAAGGACAACCCAGAGAGUACUAUACAUUGGAUUCCAUCUUAUUUCUGCUUAAUAAUGUGCACCUUUCUCAUCCCGUUUAUGUCCGACGCGCAGCUACUGAAAAUAUUCCUGUGGUCAGAAGACCUGACCGGAAGGACCUACUGGGAUAUCUCAAUGGUGAAGCCUCAACGUCAGCAAGUAUAGACAGAAGUGCCCCCCUAGAAAUAGGACUUCAGCGAUCUACUCAAGUCAAACGAGCUGCAGAUGAAGUUUUAGCAGAAGCUAAGAAACCACGAAUUGAGGAUGAAGAGUGUGUGCGCCUUGAUAAAGAGAGAUUGGCUGCUCGAUUGGAGGGUCAUAAAGAAGGGAUUGUACAGACUGAACAGAUUCGGUCUUUGUCUGAAGCUAUGUCAGUGGAAAAAAUUGCUGCAAUCAAAGCCAAAAUUAUGGCUAAGAAAAGAUCUACUAUCAAGACUGAUUUAGAUGAUGAUAUAACUGCCCUGAAACAGAGAAGUUUUGUAGAUGCUGAGGUAGAUGUGACCCGAGACAUUGUCAGCAGAGAGAGAGUGUGGAGGACACGAACAACUAUCCUGCAGAGCACAGGAAAGAAUUUUUCCAAGAAUAUUUUUGCAAUUCUUCAGUCUGUAAAAGCCAGAGAAGAAGGGCGUGCACCUGAACAGCGACCAGCUCCAAAUGCAGCUCCUGUGGAUCCCACAUUGCGUACUAAACAGCCUAUUCCAGCUGCUUACAACAGAUACGACCAGGAAAGAUUCAAAGGAAAAGAAGAGACGGAAGGCUUUAAAAUUGAUACUAUGGGCACUUACCAUGGUAUGACACUGAAGUCUGUAACGGAAGGUGCAUCUGCCCGUAAGACUCAGACUCCUGCAGCACAGCCAGUACCAAGACCAGUUUCUCAAGCAAGACCUCCCCCAAAUCAGAAGAAAGGGUCACGCACACCCAUUAUCAUAAUUCCCGCAGCUACCACCUCUUUAAUAACCAUGCUGAAUGCAAAAGACCUUCUACAGGAUCUGAAAUUUGUCCCAUCAGAUGAAAAGAAGAAACAAGGUUGUCAGCGAGAAAAUGAAACUCUGAUACAGAGAAGAAAAGAUCAGAUGCAACCAGGAGGCACUGCAAUUAGUGUUACUGUACCUUACAGAGUAGUAGACCAGCCCCUUAAACUUAUGCCUCAAGACUGGGACAGAGUUGUAGCAGUUUUUGUGCAAGGUCCUGCUUGGCAGUUCAAAGGCUGGCCAUGGCUUUUGCCUGAUGGAUCACCAGUUGACAUAUUUGCUAAAAUUAAAGCCUUCCAUCUCAAGUAUGAUGAAGUUCGUCUAGAUCCAAAUGUUCAGAAGUGGGAUGUAACAGUAUUAGAACUCAGCUAUCACAAACGUCAUUUGGAUAGACCAGUUUUCUUACGGUUUUGGGAAACACUGGAUAGGUACAUGGUAAAGCAUAAAUCCCACUUGAGAUUCUGAAUGAUUUGGUUCCUUCAUUUCUGAAAGUCAGAAUUAAGAAGCGUGGAUAUCCAUACCUUGAUCUAAGACUGAGACUCAAGCUUUAUGAAUUUAUCAAGAACUUAACAAAUGAAGAAGGUUGCAGAUCAGUCUUUUCUAAGACCUUAUUUGAUGCUUUGUGCUUCAAAGGGAUGAUGCCUGUCAUCCAUAUAAGCAAACUUUUUGGCUUACAACUAUUUUUUUAAUAUUAGCCUUCUAGUCUGUAUUGGAAAUUGUAUAUUUUGAUAGAAGUUUUUUCUCUAUUGGUUAAAUUAGCAUUGGUUAAAUUUUGUUUCUUUAGAAAUGAAUACAGGUUAUAAAUGUGUGUAUAUUUAGAGGUUAUGAGGCUUCCUAAGCCAUCUUUGCUUCUGAUUUUUCACUGCUCUAUAAUUUCUUUUACUGAAAAUUCUGUGUUAAAGUGAUAUUAAAUUUUAGACGGUGGAACUUCAAAAACCAUGCAAAAGGAUGUGACUAUUUUGAAUGAAUCAGAUUCCCAAUGUGUAUGUAUACUAUGUCCAGACUUUUUAUUUAAAAAGAAAUAAUGAAAAACCAAGAACAAUUUUUCACCUUUGGUUGAACUUUUCAAGACUUCUUUACUUAAAAGUGAAUACAUUUAAUGAAUGUACAUUCUUCUCAUUGACUUUGGUGAUUUUAAAUCUUAGAAUGAUCUAUUUCUAUGGGGGUAUCUUUCCACUUGAAAAAUCUCAAAACAGAUUAAAAACAUAAUAGGCUGUAGUAAUUUUUGUUUUGGGAGCUGGAAUAUGACUUGGGAGAAAUGUAUUAGGCCGAUUACAGUAUAACUUUUAACUUCUUUAGCUUUUCUCAUAAGUCCUCUUUCGAUUCUUAUCUAUAUGGUAUAGGGUUUUGAGGGUUCUGUUUCUAGGCAUGUCAGUUUUUGACUUUUUAUCUUCCAUUUUCCCUAAAUAUUGGUAAACUCGCAGGCACCAAAGAACACAUUUGCUUAAGUGUCUGAACAGAAACAAGAGAAGAACGUUGGUAUUUUUAUGUGUGUAUUCAAUAUGGUAUAAAAUAUAAAACCUAUAUUUUAACUUAGUAAAAUAUUUUACUACUUCUCUACUUUAGACAGAGUGUUGCAACCAAGGUAAAGUGAAUAACCAUUUUUCUUGAGUUUUGAUUCCACCUUCUAUUUCUUAAAAGCUACUGGGAACAGUUACUCCCAAAAUUGUUUUUCUCCUCAGAAUUGUUGAUAACUUUUGUGUUACGUCAUUUUCCCCCCAGUGAUUCUCUUAAACAUACUUUUCUUUUUUAUAAAUAUAUAGUUUUUUCUUCUCUACUAAGCUGAUACCACUAGUCUCUUUUUCGAAUUUAAUGCUGUCAUAAAAAUGAGAAGCAAUUAUUAUUUAUUUUUUAAGAAACCACAAAAGUUCAUACCAAUAAUAAAUAGAAAAGCUAUUUACUCAGAUGGAAUUCAAAGGCUUUUGCAGGAAAAAAAAAGCAGUCAACGUUUUAAAUUUUUAGAUUUUAGUUUAUUUAUAAGCUUGGAACAGAUUUGGGCCUCAUCUUCCCCACUUCUUUGUAUCCCCUCUACAUGAAGCUAAAAGGAAACUCAGUUUGUUUAUAUUAGGAUUUUUCAGCAUAUGAAUUUGUCCUCAAAAUAAAUUAUGUGUCAUGUAAACUUUCUCUAUGAUACAGUCAAGGACUAGAAUCUGUAAUAUUUUAAUGUAAGAUGUUAAGACUACUAUAAGUGGACAUGAACUACUUUUUCCAUAAAGAUUUUUGGUAUUUAUACGUGAAAUUUACUUGAUAACAGAACAUGGUUAAAUUUUACUUUGAACAAGGUUUAUUUUUCUAUUUUGAAUUUGCCUUAUGUAUAUUCAAAGGCUUCUGGAAAUACUGUGUGGAACAUUCAGAAAAGUACAAAUAUGCUAUACCAUGUAUUUUAAAAUCCAACCCUUAGUCUGUACUUGUUUCUUUUAUUUUAAAUUUUGAACAGCUUGAUCCCUUAAUUAGGUACAUGUAAUUAAUUUUAUAAUGAGUAACACUAAAAAAAAUCCUCCACUAACCAAAAAUCAAAACAAAACUCUCAGCCAAUCACUUUUCAUUCUUCUAUGAUAGAGUCCUAUGGUAGCACCUAAGACAGUGCCUUGCACAUAGCAGGCACUAAGUAAAUAUUAAUAUGGCACAAAUGAAUGAUGUAUUUUCAGUGUAACUGGUUUCUUACAAGCAUGGCUUCAGUAUUCUUGAUCUUGGAGUUUGAGAAUAUGGAACCUCAGGGGAUGAAGAGGCGCAUAGAUAAUGUAAUGGAAAUGAGGUACACAUUAUCAACUCAACUUACCCAUAAGUUACUGUUAAUGGAAGACACCUUUGUUUUCUUUACCUUUAAAGAAAGGUUCUAUUUCUUUGCUCCUUGGAUCCUUCUGAGUCAAAUAACAAAAGAAACUUGUCAGUUUCAAUCAGCAGUUCUCAGCCCUUACUACACACAGUCAUUUGGGGAGUUUUGAAAAAUAUCUGUGACUGAAUCUUCAUUCUCGUUUAAAUUGUCUGGGAUAAAACCGGUCAUCAGUAUUUUUCAGAACUUCUCUGGGUAAUUUGAAUGUGUAGGAAAGAAUGAGAAUCACAGAUUCUAUAUACUGAGAACAAUUACCAGUAUUAAAUAAUUGUAUUUCCUCUUUCUCCUUCUGUCUUGUGUGUGUGAGACCACCCUUUGCACCAGGCCAUCCCCAUUAUGGUGGUAUUGGUCUGUAUUCCCAAAUGACAAAUUCAAGUCUUAUUUAUUUAAUAUAGAAGGAGUAUUUUGCUGUUUAAUAUUUAAACAAUGUUUAAUAUAUUUCAUUAUUGACUAGUGUUAUAGCUUAUGGUUUGUUUCCCAUGUGUCGUGUCCUUUACUAACUCUGUUUUUAGCAACAGCACAACAAAUCCAUACAGUAAUAAUUUAUGAGUAAAGUCUGUUUUUAUGGUGGAAAGAAGUAUUAAUUUCUUAUCUGCCAUGCAAAGUGAGGUACAGUUUGAUUAUGGAGAAACGUACUUUUUAAUUGGUCUACACAGAAAAGUAAAUUACUUAAAUAAGAUUCAUGAUCUAAUAAACAUCAAAGGAAAUAUUUUUCCUAAAUAAAAAUUUUGUGACACCUAACAAAAUUAAA